GUAGCCCGCUCGAACAACAAGACCGAAGUAACCCGCGCGCAGUUGGAGACUGAACUGCGCAUACUGUGGGACCGACAGGAGAAAGAAGUGUCACUCUUGGAAGUCCUUCGUUACCCGAAGCUUCGUCUGAGGGCCCUCAUAUCUCUUAUACAUGAGCGCCUGCACUUUCUUAAUUUAUGGCGUGGUGUUCCUCGGAGUCACUGUUCUCUCGAGCAACUUUUUCCUGAGCCAUUUCGUCCUGUCAAUCUCGGAGCUCCCCAGCAACGGCCUCGGCUGGGUGUGGACGCACUACCUCGGUCGUCGCUGCACCUGCAUCCUCUCUUUCCUCACAACUGCUGCAUUCUGUGUUGCGGCGACUUUCUGUCUUGAAGACAAGUGGGCGAUGCUGGCCGUAGCUGCAUGCAUCAGGCUCUUCUCCACACAGCUUAUAUACAUCGUGACGAUUCAGAGUGGAGAGAUCUUUCCCACGCCGAUAAGGUCCACUGGGUUCGCUUGGAUGGUAGUGUG